UCAAGCAAUGGGUUGGGUUUUUCCAAACUGCUUAUGGGUUUCCUUUGUUCUGCUGCUUCAAAUCCAAAUAUGUUUUGGGUGCUUGGAAGAGGAGAGGAUAGCUCUUCUGGAAUUCAAGGCAUAUGUGAAUUGGACAGAUUCUGAAUAUGGUUAUGGUUUGCCAUCAUGGGUUGAUGACAGAGAGAGUGACUGUUGUGGUUGGGAGCGAUUGCUGUGUAAUCAGACCACAGGUCGAGUCAUCCAUCUCUCCCUUGAUGACAUAAGGGGAGAUUCUUCAAGCAUUUGGUAUCUAAAUGUCACCUUGUUGUCUGCCUUUGAAGACCUCCAACAUCUCAACUUGUCUUCCAACUGGUUAGAUGGUUGUCUCAAUAAUGAAGGCUUUGAAAGAUUGCCAUAA